AGGGACGGAGCCGGAGCGGCGAGGCUGGCGGGGAUCGCGGCUCCCGCCCGGGCAGCCAGCGAGCGCUGCAGAGGGACCCGCGCUCCGAACCCGACUCCGCGGCGGCCGCUCCCCCUUCCCCGCCCGCCUCCCUCCGCCCGCAGCGAUGUCCCGGCGGAGCGGGCACUGAGCCGGCGGCCGCCGAGGGACGCCCCGAGCGGGGAGAGGCGGGGGCACGGCGGGAAGCGCUCCGUCCCUCCCUCCCUCCCUCCCUCUCAGUUCUCCCCUCCCCUCUCCCCGCGCCCGGGCGGAGCAGCGGCCGUUUCCCCGCGCCCUUCAUGCCCGGGCGGCGGCCACCGGCGGCGCUGCCCUCCGCUCCCGCCUCGCCGCCCCCGCCCUUCCCCGGGAUCGCCGCCGCGCUAGGCCCGCCCGGCGGCCCCGCGCAGUGCCCUCCGCGGGCCCGGCACUAGGCGGGCCGGAGGAUGAGCCAGCAGCCGGCGGGGAAGAUGUCGGCGGCUCCCCUGGCGGCCGAAGCGCCGGAGCCGGCGGCGGGGAUGCUCGAGGGCCGCCAGAGGAAGCUGGAGUCCAUGAUCCGCGACCCGCGCUCCCCGGUCAACGUGGAGAGCCUUCUGGACGGCUUGAAUUCUUUGGUCCUUGAUCUGGAUUAUCCAGCGCUGAGGAAGAACAAGAACAUUGAUAAUUUCUUAAAUAGAUAUGAGAAGAUUGUGGAAAAAAUCCGAGCUUUACAAAUGAAAGCUGAAGACUAUGAUGUUGUAAAGGUGAUUGGAAGAGGGGCUUUUGGAGAAGUGCAGCUGGUUCGCCAUAAAAUGACACAGAAAGUUUAUGCAAUGAAGCUACUUAGUAAAUUUGAAAUGAUCAAGAGAUCAGAUUCAGCCUUUUUCUGGGAAGAAAGAGAUAUCAUGGCCUUCGCCAACAGUCCGUGGGUGGUUCAGCUAUUUUGUGCCUUUCAAGAUGACAAGUACUUGUACAUGGUAAUGGAAUACAUGCCAGGUGGAGAUCUCGUAAACCUUAUGAGCAAUUACGAUGUGCCUGAGAAAUGGGCCAAGUUCUACACAGCCGAAGUUGUUCUUGCUCUUGAUGCAAUUCACUCCAUGGGCUUGAUACACAGAGAUGUGAAGCCUGACAAUAUGCUUUUAGAUAAACAUGGGCAUCUGAAGCUGGCAGAUUUUGGCACUUGUAUGAAAAUGGAUGAAACAGGAAUGGUGCGCUGCGACACGGCCGUGGGAACCCCCGACUACAUAUCGCCCGAAGUUCUGAAGUCGCAGGGGGGUGAUGGUUACUAUGGACGGGAAUGUGACUGGUGGUCUGUAGGGGUGUUCCUUUUUGAGAUGUUAGUUGGCGAUACUCCUUUUUAUGCAGACUCACUAGUAGGAACAUACAGUAAAAUUAUGGAUCAUAAGAACUCAUUACAUUUCCCGGAUGACGUGGAAAUCUCUAAGCAUGCGAAGAACCUUAUCUGUGCCUUUUUAACUGAUAGGGAUGUUCGACUUGGGAGAAAUGGGGUAGAAGAAAUAAAGCAUCACCCUUUCUUCAAAAGCGAUCAGUGGAACUGGGACAACAUUCGAGAGACUGCUGCUCCUGUUGUUCCUGAGCUCAGCAGUGAUAUAGAUAGCAGUAAUUUUGAUGACAUUGAGGACGACAAGGGAGACGUGGAAACCUUUCCAAUCCCCAAAGCCUUCGUGGGAAACCAGCUGCCUUUCAUAGGAUUUACCUACUAUAGAGACAAUUUGUUGCUAAGUGACUCCUCUCAGUCUUGCAGAGAAAAUGAAUCUGUGCAAUCUAGUAAAAAUGAGAAAAGACUAUCCCAAAAAAUCUGCUGCAGUGGACAGUCUCUGGCUACAGAGAACAGCAAAGGGCCGUUUCAGAAAAAACUAAGCAAGCUAGAAGAACAGCUCAGUAAUGAAUUGCAAGCCAAAGAUGAACUAGAACAGAAGUACAGGUCUACAAGUACUCGUUUAGAGAAGAUACUGAAAGAGCUUGAUGAAGAGAUAACUUCAAGGAAGAAUGUAGAGUCUGCAGUCAGGCAGUUAGAGAGAGAGAAGGCUCUUCUUCAGCAUAAGAAUACAGAAUACCAGAGAAAAGCAGAACAUGAAGCAGAUAAGAAACGCAAUUUGGAAAAUGAGGUUAACAGUUUGAAAGACCAGCUUGAAGAUUUAAAAAAGAGGAAUCAGAACUCUCAAAUAUCUAAUGAGAAAAUCAAUCAACUACAAAGACAGUUGGAUGAAGCCAAUUCUUUGCUGCGGUCAGAGUCUGAUACUGCAGCCAGGUUAAGGAAGAACCAGACAGAAAGCACAAAGCAAAUCCAGCAGCUGGAAACUAAUAAUAGAGAACUACAAGAUAAGAACUGCCUGCUAGAGAAUGCGAAACUCAAACUGGAGAAGGAGUAUCUCAAUCUUCAGUCAGCUCUAGAAUCAGAAAGGAGAGAUCGAAGUCAUGGAUCAGAGAUUAUCAGUGAUUUACAAGGUCGAAUAUCUAGCCUUGAAGAAGAAGUGAAAAGUGGAAAGAGUGCAUUAGCCAAACUGGAAAUGGAGAAAAGACAAUUGCAGGAAAAGCUCACAGAUUUAGAAAAGGAAAAGAGCAACAUGGAAAUAGAUAUGACAUAUAAAUUUAAAGUUAUGCAGCAGAACCUUGAGCAAGAAGAAGCUGAACAUAAAGCCACAAAAGCACGAUUAGCAGACAAAAACAAGAUCUAUGAAUCUAUAGAGGAAGCAAAAUCUGAAGCCAUGAAAGAAAUGGAGAAGAAACUUUUGGAAGAGAGAGCUUUAAAGCAAAAAGUAGAAAAUCGGUUGUUGGAAGCUGAAAAGCAGCGCUCCAUGUUGGACUGUGAUCUCAAACAAUCACAACAGAAAAUCAAUGAGCUCCUUAUGCAAAAGGAUAUACUAAAUGAAGAUGUAAAAAACUUGACAUUAAAAAUAGAGCAAGAAACACAAAAGCGCUGUCUCACUCAAAAUGACCUCAAGAUGCAAACGCAGCAGGUCAACACCUUGAAAAUGUCAGAGAAGCAGUUAAAACAGGAGAAUAACCAUCUUCAGGAAAUCAAAUUAAGUCUGGAAAAACAAAACAAUGAACUCCGCAAGGAACGUCAAGAUGCAGAUGGACAAAUGAAAGAGCUUCAAGACCAACUCGAAGCUGAACAGUAUUUCUCGACUUUGUAUAAGACGCAAGUUCGAGAACUUAAAGAAGAAUGUGAGGAAAAGACCAAAAUUUGUAAAGAAAUGCAGCAAAAGAUACAAGAGUUACAGGAUGAGAGAGAUUCCUUGGCUGCUCAACUAGAGAUUACUUUGACAAAAGCAGAUUCAGAACAACUUGCCCGUUCCAUUGCUGAAGAGCAGUACUCUGAUUUGGAAAAAGAGAAGAUUAUGAAAGAGCUGGAGAUUAAAGAGAUGAUGGCAAGGCAUAAACAGGAACUUACUGAGAAAGAUGCCACCAUAGCUUCGUUGGAGGAAGCAAAUAGGACACUAACCAGUGAUGUGGCUAAUCUUGCUAAUGAGAAAGAAGAACUAAACAAUAAACUGAAGGAAGUACAAGAACAAAUUACAAAACUAAAAGAAGAAGAAGCAAAUAUAGGAAAUAUUAAAGCACAAUUUGAGAAACAGUUGUUGACUGAAAGAACAUUAAAAACCCAGGCUGUGAAUAAAUUGGCUGAGAUCAUGAAUCGGAAGGGUCCAGUCAAACGUGGAUCUGACACUGAUGUACGGCGGAAGGAAAAGGAAAAUAGGAAGCUGCAUAUGGAACUGAAGUCUGAACGAGAAAAGUUAACCCAAAUGAUGAUCAAAUAUCAGAAGGAAAUAAAUGAAAUGCAGGCACAAAUUGCAGAAGAGAGUCAGAUCCGAAUUGAACUGCAGAUGACUCUGGACAGCAAGGACAGCGACAUUGAACAGCUUCGUUCCCAGCUGCAGUCCCUGCACAUUGGGCUGGACAACAGCAGCAUUGGCAGCGGGCCUGGAGAUGCUGAGGCAGAUGAUGGAUUCCCUGUCCGUAUCACUCAAUCCCACACUAUGGAAUCCAUGUCCUUUACCUAUCAGCACUCUUCCACCUCUGUCAGUAUUGCCACUAAGCCUUCCAGUUCUCGCAUGCUUCUUGAUUCUGAUUCUGACUCAGAGGAAGAACCUUUGUCUUGUUCACACAGUCCUACAGAAGUUGAUAGCACAGAAUCAAGAUUGGAAGGCUGGCUAUCACUGCCUGUUAGAAAUAACACUAAAAAAUUUGGAUGGGUUAAAAAGUAUGUAAUUGUAAGCAGUAAGAAGAUCCUGUUCUAUGACAGCGAACAAGAUAAAGAACAAUCUAAUCCCUAUAUGGUAUUGGAUAUAGACAAACUCUUCCAUGUCCGACCAGUCACUCAGACUGAUGUGUACAGAGCAGAUUCCAAGGAGAUUCCAAGGAUAUUCCAGAUUCUAUAUGCUAAUGAAGGAGAGAGCAAAAAGGAACAGGAAUUUCCUGUGGAACCCAUGGGAGAGAAGUCAAAUUACAUUUGUCACAAAGGACAUGAGUUUAUACCCACUCUUUACCACUUUCCAACCAAUUGUGAAGCUUGUAUGAAGCCACUGUGGCAUAUGUUUAAACCUCCUCCUGCUCUGGAAUGUCGCCGCUGCCACAUCAAAUGUCACAAAGAUCACAUGGAUAAAAAAGAAGAGAUUAUAGCGCCUUGCAAAGUGUACUAUGAUAUUUCUACGGCAAAGAAUCUACUACUGUUAGCUAAUUCUACGGAAGAACAGCAAAAAUGGGUGAGCCGACUGGUGAAAAAAAUACCCAAGAAGCCUCCAGCACCAGACCCCUUUGCUCGAUCUUCUCCCAGAACUUCCAUGAAGGUACAGCCAAACCAGUCCAUCAGACGACCAAGUCGACAGCUUCCUCCAAACAAACCAAGAUUACUUGAUCUGGCAUUUAAGGACUGGGAUUGGUCAUUUGAUGAUGUUGAUGAUAUUGAUGGUGAUGAUGAUGACGAUGUUUUUGAUUUCUGAAGAAGUAUAAGGGCUAACUGCUUUCUGUGAAUGCAGACACAGUUCAAGGUGAUAAUUUUCUUCCCAUUACAGCAAGACUGAAACAUAUCCCAAAAUAUAUUAAAAAUAUAUAUUUUCCUGAGAGAUUGUGCUAUAUAUAUCAGAGGUUUACAUUUUUGCUGCAAUAUAAAUUACUAAUCUCUGAGGGUUUUCCUGUAUUCUCCCAAGUGACUGAUCAAUUGAGGAAUGGUUGGCAAAUAGUAAAAGGAUAUGUUAGGUAACCUUUUAAACUCUGUUCCACAAAAGCAAGACACAUACACUACAUUUCAUUAAAGGAUCGAGAGGAAUGAAUAUUAAAAUGGAAGAAACUGACUUCUCAGCUUUUGUAAAGAUGCCACCAGCACGUCUGCAAGUAGAACCGGAGGAAGAUCCACCAUAGUGAUAUAGACUGCAUCUGUAAGAAGUGACCAUUAUACUGUGUAUAUAUAUUGUACUGUAAUACUGCAAGAGGGUUUUAAAAAUCUUUCCACUUUAUUUUUUUAUGCUUAUUAAUCAGAUACCGUUACUUAUUGCAGUUGCAACUAUGCACUUGUAUAAAGCCAUACUGUUGAAGUUUAUAUCAUUCAUACACGUCUAUCAGAAGCUGCAUGUCAGUGUUCAGCAGCUAGUAUAGGUUUGAAGUAUGUACUAAUUUCAGCUAUACGUCAUCAUGGGCAGUCCUGUUUUACCUGUCUAAUUGCCUUAAUUUAAACUUUUUUCAAUUUUUUUUUGCCCAUUCUUUCUAUUUAAGGAAAAAGAAAGUUUACCGGCUCUUAGAAUGCAAUUUUGCUUUGUGGCAGAAAAAAUAGUGCACUAUUUUUACACCUAGUAAGUAUAUCAAUGUCAGCCUAUUUUGAAUGUAUAUUGACUGGUUUUAAGGGUGGAGAAGUGUUGGUUACAGAAGCAAUGUCGGAGAGCAUUGGAAUUACCAGACCAUUUGCUUGUACAUGUAACUGCUCAUCCAGCCCUUUUUACGAACCUCAAUACUAGUUAUUGACUUAUAUUAACCCUCAUUAAGUGCUAUGAAACUUCAUUUUGCCUUGUUUUUGCAUACUCUCCUAGAUGUGUUUUUUUUUUUAUUUCUGGAAAGAAAAAGAAUCUGUGACUAUUUUUACAUUUCACAACACAAUAACCAAGGACUGUCACAAACUUUAAGAAAAGUAAAACAUACUGUAGAUGUAUUUUAAAGUUUUAAUCUGGUUCUCUAGCACAUAGCUGUAGGCAUAGAUAAAUAUUUCAGUAGUGUGUUUUGAGAACUGAUAGCUGGGAAGAAAGGGCCUCAGAGGCACUUAAUCUGACUUCUUUUUUUUAACUUGGAGUUGUACAAAAAAUAUAAUUUAUGUGGGCUCAUUCAUGAUGUGUUCAUAAUUAUCCCAGAAAAUGCAUGUUUUAUACAACUACAGUAUGCGAUGUUAAACAUAUUGACAGUAAAAAAUAUAGUCUCCUAUUUGGUCUCUUUAUAUAUAUAUAAAUAUAUAUAUAUAUUUAAAAUAUAUAUAUAUAUAUAAAAUAUUGUGUGGGAGUGCAGUAAUUUAAAAUAUGAUCUAACACUUCAAUGAAGGAGGACAUUUCACUUUAAAUUUGUUUUUGUUUUUGUUUUUUAAAGAGUGUUGAAAUGUUUGGAAGGAUAGGACCAUGAUUUAUUUAACACUAUCAUGAAAAGUGAACUUGGAAACACUGAAAUACUGAAAAUUAAAAAAUAUAUUUACAUUUUGUAACCUCUACUACAGUUCAGCUUAACAGAGCCAGAAUGUAUUCAGUCUUCUAUUUAUGCACUCACAAAGUAAAAUGUUGUUUGUGAGUUCUUAAAAUCGAAGCUAAAACUUUCAUAUCAUUUUUUAUUAGGUAUUCUAACCCAGCGCACAGCUACAGUGUUUUUCCCUGCUUGUUUUGAUUUACAGAAGUACGGUAUAUUUUUAGGUAAUGCAGAUAUGCAUAGAGAACAACAUUAAAAAUGUAUACAGUAAAACUGUUUCCGUUCACUGAAUGCAUAAAUAUUUUAUAUAUAUAUAUAAAAAAAUGUUACAUUGUGGGAAGUUCUAUCCUUUUCUGAAUUGGAGAAUAUUAUAUAUAUAUUUUUAAAUAAACUAUUUGAGUAAGGUAAAAUAGUUCCUGAACUUGAGAAGCUGGUAAUUAAUUGAAUUUAAUUAUAGAGGCAACUACUGCGGCAGACAUGGGAAAGGCAAGGACAAAGCCUGUGUGAGGAGGGAACACAGACUCCAGGGGAGCUGUUUGGCAGCUGCUCCACUGCUGGGGCUGGAUCCGUUGCACUUUUCUCUCCCUGGCCUGCCCUCAUUUACUGUUAAUCCCUGGGGCCCUGUUAAGCCUGACAUUUCAGGAAAUGUACUAUAUUAUAGUAUUUACUGGCCCCAGUUUAUACGUUCUGUGCAUUUAUACAUUACAGCAGGCUGUAUGGAGAUGGUGUCAUAGAGCAAUACAGGCUGAGAGAGAGCACUGGAGGUCCUGUGCUCUGACCUCUACCUCAGAGCAGGGCUAACUUAGCACCGGUUCCUCAAGGCCAGUGGUAUGAUGUGUAUGAACGUUGAUUUGUACACAGGACACAAAAGGCAAAGCUGCUCUUCUGUUCUUCUCACUUGUCCUGCUGUGAAACGCAAAGAACUCUUAAAUGCCAGUUCCUGGAGAUUGUGUUGUUUCCUUAUUGUCCAGUGGUGACCUUUUAACAUUUUUGAGAGAAGGGUAUAUUCAUGAACUAAAGAAUAUUUGUCUUGAAAGCCACAGAUGUUUAAACACUUUCAUUUUGUAACAGGGUUGUCCCAGCAAACAGGACAUUUUUAUGGCCUGAAUGAUUUAUCUAUAGAAAAUUCUCUCACUGCAAGUCCUUUUGUUUCACAAGAGUAAACAAGUAGCAUAGCCAAGCUGCAGAUUAACCUUCUGGAAAAAUCAGGGAUCAAACUUGGAUCCAGAAGCUUCGGACAGUUGUAGGGAAGUUGCUCUUUAGUUCCCAAUCCAAAAGCUCACCAGCAGAGAAGCUGGACAGGAAGACCCCGUUGGAGUUACCGUGUCAGUUGUCAGAAAGACCUUUCUGCAAGGAGAUUUCCAGUUCUGUCCUAGUUGUGUGCUGCAAUUCCCUACUUCUAGUGUUUCCUGCCAAAGCGCAGCCCCUCCCAGCACUACCAGCAAUCCAGCACCACGUCUGCUUUUACUAGAGGAAAACUGUGGUUCUUGUGCUUGAGCAUGGUUGAUGCUGUAACCAAAAUGUGACACAGAAUCACAUACCAUGUAGGACUUGGAAACAUGCAAGAGGCCCAUGGAUCUCAGCAGUCGGUGACAGGGGCCACAUUAAAAACAUCACUGAAAUUCCACUGCAAGUGUCCAGAUCUCUUACUACCUCUUGAUGGCACUGAACCUAUUACAUUUUGACAGACAUUCAGUGGCUCUCUGAAGGCACCAAGGCCAGGAAAGCUGCCAGUGAAAUUGAAUGCUUUUUCUCUUUAGUUUCUCAGGCAAUGUCAAGUGAUCAUGAGAAAUUUGAGCAUUUGUGUUUGUAAUCUUAUAAUCUAUUAGUUUCCCAUCUAGCUUUGAGAGGAUCAUCCUUGGAAGAGGAUUUAUAUAUUUUGGUCUCAAGUGCCUUUACCCAUCCUAUGCUUGUGAGGUGAUAUUUGGGAUGCUGCUGUGAAAAGGGGGAAUGUAUAUGAAAACAAACUUCUUACCUUCAUUGCUCUUACAAACUCUUAAUGUCUCCUAAUUCUGUUUCUGAGGCAGGUGAACAUAACAGUACAUAGUCCACUUCAGUGAACUUAAGUAUUUUAGUCUCUUUCACAUUCCUGGAUAGUUUCCCUCAGCAUUGAUGUUAAAAUAAGGAUUAAUUUAUUUUAUCAUAGAAUCAGAGACUAUCUCAAGUUGAAAGGGACCCAUAAGGAUCAUGGAGUCCAACUUCCUGCUCUUCAUAGGACAACCUAAAACUAAAUCAUAUGACCAACAGCAUCAUCCAGACACUCCUUGAACUUUGACAGGCUUGGUGCCUUUUCAGUGCAUUACAGUUUUUUAUGGACUGUCAUCUCUGCACAUAGUACACUUUAAACUGAAAACAUUAUUUGUUAUUUUUAAGAUUAGCUUCUGAACCACUUAGGGUUUUAUCAGCAUCCCAAGGAUCAUGUGGUUUUUCCUACUGCUUAGAAGUAUCCUCCAUAAGAGUGGGAAGGAGUCUUCUUUUGGAUCUCUGUAAAAGAUGUUGAUGGAGUGGUUCUGAAACUAGUUUGUGUUCUUGGUUGAAGUUGCCUAUCAAGUGGACAGGAAUACACUCAGACAUUCUCAUCUGAGAAAUGAGAUGAGUCUAUUGAGAUGUAUGUGGCUGAAAAGAGCACUGUGGCUUAACACAUCGAGCCUAAUUGUCCCCAGAAACUACUGUAGUGAAUGGAAAAUCUCACUGUAAAACCACAGCUCCAAGAAGUGGGGAUGCAGAGGAACUGUAAUUUAUUGGCACAGGGAUGCUGAUUACCAGGCCUUAUGAGUGAAGAUUGGCGUUGGGAGUCUUUGCCUCUUUGUAGGAAGGAAGCGUUGUUUUAUAAAGGUAAGAAAGACACGUUACUGCUUGCUAAUGGAAGGGUGAAGCCUUGGAUUUGACUGCAGCUGGUUUUGCUCCAAUAAUCUUAAGAGAAGCUCCAGGAUAAAAGUGAUCUCUCAAAAGGAAAGUCACAGUGAAAGGUAGCAAAAUUCAAAGUUAUAAAUGUAUGUAGUCCCGCAUACUUCAAAGAAAUCUGGAAACACAACGUCGCUCUGAAAUGAAAGGGCAGAGAGAACAGUAAUUUCAUUUGUUGAAGGAGCUACAUAGAAAUGCUUUCACAGACAAGACAACCACAUGUGAUGCUUUGGUCUAUUGCCCCAUUUUGAGGUCGAGGCCUUCGUUGUUCAAAGAUGUGAGCCUGUUUGUAUGUGUACUCUUACACUGUGUACCAGUGGGCCUCGUAGGUCAUCUAGUUCUUGUCAUUGCUCUUUGGGGUGUUUUUUGCCUAGGAUAUUGUUGCAGCACUGGAUAAGCAUGGCCACCCAAUAAGAAGUACAUCAGGCUUGUGAGAUCACUGCCAAUCCUCUUCCUUUGGGUCACCAGCUUCAGGCACUGAAUUGCCUUGGAUAUGUGCUACUUUUUAUUAACAAGUGAACUGGUGGAAAUGUUUUUUGGAAGUAUCUGAGAUAUUAAAUAACUUUUUUGAGGCUGAAGGAGCCAGGAGUCCCACUGUCUGAGCCCUCUUUCAUAUCUGCUUGCCCUGGUGGUGUCUCUUGCCUCAGCUGUGUUCCACUUUCCAAUAGACCUUCAAAGCAGAUCUUGCACAUGGGUGCAGGUCUGGCUGCAGCUUCAGGACUUGCAUUUAUUUGCCGGAUCCCAUGGCCUCAUGUGUCUGAGUGAUGUCCAGCAUAUUAUGUCCUGGAGGCCAACAGAUUCAAUAGGAUCUGUGUAGCCAUUACCUCCCUCUGCAGUGAUGGAAGGACUAGAUAAAUACAAUAAGGAGGCUCCCCUGCAUGUUUCGAUCCUGUUCAGAGAUACAGCAAUGGGAGUUGUAUUACUGGAAGGUGGGCAAACAUGCAAGCUUAAAAAAAAAACAAAGCUGAGAGAGGAAAGUAUCCUUGAGCUCAGAGUCCAUGAGGACUGAAAGUUGUGCUUCACAAGAUAAGUCGCUCUCUUGAAAGUCAGACCACUGGAAUCUGUAUUUAGUCAGUUGCUCAAAGGUGAAAGAAUUUCUUUACAGUAAUUGGGUACUUAAAAUAUGCUUUACACGAGCUCAAUUUGUGCUUCGUUAGUCAUGAUUUACAUGACAGAGAGGACGCUGAGGCAUAGGAUGUGUAUUCUUCCAUUUAUGAUUUUCAUAUAAUAUGAGUCAGGUCAGCAUCUUGGUAUUGCUGGCCAGAGCCUCCAAAUUCCAAAGGAGAAUUCUUGUACAUUGCAGAGCAGGCAUAUGCACCGAUGACUUGCAAUUACAAUAGGGUGGUAAGUAGAAUUGACUUUCAGCAUGGAGCCAUGUUACUAUUCAGUUUAAAUCAGAAUUAUCAUUAGCUAACUUCUCUUGUCACAUUUUAGGCUGGUGCAGGUUCUGUUCUUUACAUCAGUUUCCAGAAUAUUUGACAGAUAAAACAAGAUGUCUGUCCACUUAAUGUUCCCUCCCUGUGAGUCGGUGAUACCACAUAAUGCACAGAAGUACUUUUUUUAGGCUACUGACAAUUUAAGACAGUUACAAGCUGAAAUAAUGAAACAAAACAGGGUGUUAACAAAAUUUUGACAAGUAUUUAAAUUGUCUUUCAGGUAUCCCCAGUUAAAUUUCAUCAAAAGUAUAAUUUAAAAAGCCUCUUAUUUUACCCCUGGUCCAAAGACUGGGUUAUUUUUCAAGACAGAGAUGGUGUUUGCCCCAUCUUCCAGUGUAGAAUGGAAUAGUUGACAUCAUUAACUUGAAAAUAUCUGUAUGUCUAUCUUGCCAUCAGGCAGGAAACACCUGAGGUCCAUCGGGACUCAGGUCUCUGAGACUGCCAAGGUCUUGCAAUUGGAUCCAUCUCAAGUGAUGAGCUGUCACGUUCUUAGGUGAUGUUUAUUGUGGUUCCCAGACACCUGUUUGACCUCAACAGCUAUCUCUGAGAACUCUGAAGCAUCCUGGAGAACUCUGGCUCAAAAUCAAGCGAAUUAAAAUUCAGUACAAAUCAAGAACUUAAUAACAUCUUAAGAUUUUUUUUCAGCUUUCUCACCUUCCAAACUGAGACAUCCUCAGAGCAUUAUUAUUGAUGAAGGCAACAUUUUAUGUUCUGCUUAAUACAUAAAUAUGAAUUCCAAGUAUUGAAGAAUUUGGAGGGGAGUGGAACAAACCAGCCUGAAGAGAAUUUGGAGGGGAGUAAUUAUUAUUUAUCAUCGGAGAAAAUACAUGGCUGGCAAACUACCUCUUUUGAGUUGAUCUCCACAUCUGUGUAGCUUUUCAUUUAUAACAGUUCCUCCUGUGGGCUCUCAGGGGUUAAUUCCUCCCCUCCCUUCUGCCUUACAAAUGUCCCUAAAUAGAUAACGAUUGUUUGGUGGAGGAUACCUCAUUUAAAGAAGUGAAUGAAGCCAUUCUGCAAGUUUUAAGCUGGUUGGGACUGUUCAGCUAAUUGUGAAUUACUUCCUCCAGACAGUCAAACUGCACUAAAAUCCACCUUUGGAGCUGCAGUGGUUGUGAGCAUUGCUGCCUCCCUGCCCUACUCCUUUCUCUCCUCUUUUAAUAGAUUAGAUUAGCAGAGCCAGGAUAGGGAGCAGCUACGUGCACAGCAUAGGCCAGUGAGAGAGGCUUGGGGGUCAGGCAGGGACAGGGACUCCUGAGCAGUCCAAGCAACAGCAUCCUUUGCUGGAUUAGAGUAGCACAAAGAAACACAUCUUUGUGCACAGUUUUACUCUGCACAAAAUGCCCUGUGUUAGAAAGGCCCAGAGGGUGGGGGAGAGGAUGGUUUUGCACAUGUGUUUGAUGUUCCUGUUCACUGAGGACAGUUCGGUGCAUCUUACACUGUUCACAUCCUCACUUUCAGGCACGCAGCCUGCUGCCUCAAGUCACAUCCUCAUUCCUUCCUCUGGAUAGUAAAUCUGGUAAAUGUUUUCUCUCAUACAGUUAAAGUGAGCUUGUAGCUUACCUGUUGCCAAAUGCCCAGUCACAGUUCAUCAUAUCCACAGCUGGAGAUAUUUGGAGUUGUUCAGUGGACUGUACUGGAAUUCAGAGCUUGUCUUUUCACAGGCAAGGAAACAAACUUUUUGAAAGCCUUGGCAAGGCCCUGGUUUUGUCAGCCAGGACAGGACAGGCUGUGUUACCUUGUGAGCGUGUUGUGAACUGGUGCAAUUAGACACGGAGUGUGUAAUUCCACACUCACGCAGCAUCUGUGAAUGGAGCUUUAUUACUUCCAGUCCCAUGAAUAAAAGUGGCUUACUGGCUUACACCCACUGCAAUAAAUCCAAGCAGCUUUCCCUGCCUGCCUUUGGCUCACUGCUGCAUUAGGCAGCAACCAACUUGUGUCCACCUGAUACUGAUGAAUGACAAGUUUAACAAGAUUUAUCCUCCUUGUGUAUCUUGUCUAAAGCUGCUGCCUUUAAUCCAGCCACUGAGAAGAUUAUACUUUACAUGCUGGAAAACACAAGGUCAGCGCUUUCAUGGGGCUUGCCCAGAACUGGAAUGUAUGUCUGCUUACAAAAGUGAAGGAAAUUACUCUCUGGGAGGAAAAAAAGUGUAAAACUAUUAACUGCUACUGUCUGAUUUGUUCCAUAUCUCUUGCAGCUUGAAUGAGAACUCAUGGUCCAGCUUUCCAAGUCCACAAAAUUACUUUACCUUAGCUUGUGAAUUACCCAGCUUUGUUUCUUUUCCUCAGUCUUUUUUUUCACACAGGCUUCUAAGGAGAUUUAUUCAAAAUAUGUUACAUAUCCUAUUAAGAACUUUCUUAAAUGCAUUUUCAGCAUUUUAUGAUGAAAAAAACCAAAUUAAGGUGCUGAUUCUCAAACCAAAAAUGGAGCAGCUUCACUUUGCUGCAGCAUCACUCAGGAGUAUGAAACAUGUCAAUAACAGAGGGGGUUUGAACUCCAUCCAAAUCUUUCUCUAUCAAGAAGAGGCUUUAAUUUAAAAAAAAAAUAAAUAAUUAAGUGUGUUUCUUUUUUUCAUUUUAAGAUGCUGGAGCUCUUUAGCAUUUGACAGGUUAAUAUUCAGUCUGAUGCUUCAAAUAAUUAGGGUAAAAGCUGCCCAUUUAUGACCUGUAAUGAAUAUUUCAUUUUCUCUCCAUAUAUGAAAACAGAAUAAAAAAUCAAAUGCAAUGAAAAUUAACAGUAAGAAUGACAUUAUCAAUCUUGAAGAAUAGCAUUUAUUAAUAUCACCUGAAAAAUGUACCACAUGCCACCUGCCACCAUUUAGACCACUUCAGAUACUUUACACAGCUUUAGUAAAAUCAGUAACAGAAUGUUUACAGUUAAUCUCUCAACCAACAUAGAAAGAUUUAUAUAUUUUAUUGUAGCAGUAAAAAUGCUCAUCUUUGACUUGCCCUCAGUAAUGUGAGAUACUUGAAAUCUAGAUCCACAGCAACACCUCUUCCCACUCCUUCCCACUCUAAAAACAAAGCAGCUGUUUUCUGAUGGUGAAAGUCCCAGUCUAAUUGCUGAGUGUUCACUGGUGGAAACAUCUGCUUUUGCACAUCCUGCUCCUCCACAAGAGUCCCACAAUUUAGCAUGUUGCAAAGAAAACCUGCCUCAAAUGUAGUCAUGCAGUCUUCCCAUAGUUUUCAGGAGUGUUGGGAUCAAGGGUGCCUUGGUUUGUACAUGCCAAUGAACAGAAUACCGUAAGAAGUCUUUUGAAAUGACGUAUCUUUUCGAGAAUGUAAUGAGAAAUGAAGACAAGAUAUGUGAUUACUAAUGUAACUUUUGGUUUAGAAGGCAUUGCUUCCAAAGGCAAUUGCUUCCCGUUAAUAGUUCUCAAGAAUACCCUUUUGCCCCGUUUUACUCUAAGUACUGCAAAUUGAUUAGAAUCUCUGAAAUAAAAAUUUAAGUGAAGUCUAUGUUCUUCAAUACCCUUUAACACAGACAGGCCAAAAACUAAUGAACCACAGAGCAGUAUCACCAAAAACUGACCAACCAUGGGAGAUGAGUCUGCUAAGGUGCAUCAAGGUGCACAUGUAGCCAGGUCACUGUCAGUAUGGAUUGUGUUUGGGGAUUCUGGAUAUCGGUUCAGGAACUUCUGCUUGAACACCAUUUUUAACUGUUGGACAGUUUCAUUAAUUCCCAUACAUUCUAGUCUCUGACCUUCCCAAAACAGUAUGUUCAGUGAAUGAGAGCUCAGGUUGAAAAAGAAUUCAUAGUUGAGUUUCUGCUCUUAUCCAAUAAAAACUGGGUAUACUGAAGAAAGUGACCAAGGGUAUCCUGUAUCAGCUGUAUAAAUUGUACUAUUUAAGUGUUGCAUGUAAGUGUUACAAUCCCAAGUGGAUUUGUGACUUAGUAAAAGACAUUUAGAACCUUAUUUUGGAUUGGGCCUUGACUCAGAUUUUCUUCAUCCUAAAAUACAGAUAGUUAAUGUCAAACUGAGUUGCUUGCUAGACAAACAUCUGUUGUGGUUUUUCAAUCUUGCAGCAGAAAGACAAGUUGGUAUGUUGGUACAAAAUUGAUCAUGUAUAACUGAAGAAAAUUGCUUAUAUGUAACCAGAAAGUACUGAAGUGAUACAAGAAUAUAUAAACAUCUAAUUACAAAAUACAUUGUAGUAAAAAAAUCCAGAGAAAAUGUGAUAUUAGUGAAACUUGUCUGAAAUGACCAAUAAAAAUAUGCUGCUUAAAUUAA